AGUGGUUCCUGGCUUUGCUUCGUUUCUGCCUGGUCCAUGUGGGCUGCCGGAGGGUAGCGGAGAGGACCGUUUCUUCUGCCAUCGCCAUCCGGACGCCCUCAGUCGCCGGCGAUGAAGGUGAAGGUGUUGAGCCGGAAUCCGGAUGAUUACGUGCGAGAAACCAAGCAGGACCUUCAGCGAGUUCCACGGAAUUAUGAUCCUGCAUUACAUCCCUUUGAGGUUCCACGGGAAUAUACUCGGGCACUAAAUGCAACAAAAUUAGACCGUGUUUUUGCAAAGCCUUUUGUUGCAUCAUUAGAUGGCCACAGGGAUGGUGUUAACUGCAUGGCUAAGCAUCCAAACAGCUUGUCUACAGUUUUGUCUGGAGCAUGUGAUGGAGAGGUUAGAAUUUGGAACUUGAUGAAGCGUGAAUGCACCCGUACAUUGCUGGCACAUGAGGGCUUUGUGAGAGGAAUGUGUACCCGUUUCUGUGGUACAUCUUUCUUCACUGUUGGUGAUGAUAAAACAGUGAAGCACUGGAAAAUGGAGGCACCAGCUUAUGGGGAAGCAGAAGAACCACUAAAUACGAUUCUUGGAAAGACUGUGUACACUGGAAUUGAUCACCAUUGGAAGGAUCCUGUUUUUGCUACUUGUGGUCAUCAAGUUGAUAUCUGGGAUGAACAGAGAACCAGUCCUUUAUGCUCUUUGACGUGGGGAGUCGAUAGCAUAAGCAGUGUCAAAUUCAAUCCAAUUGAGAUGUACCUUUUGGGAAGCUGUGCUUCAGACAGGAAUAUUGUGCUAUAUGACAUGAGACAAUCAACGGCAUUGAAGAAGGUUAUCUUGGAUAUGAGAACAAAUACGCUUUGCUGGAAUCCCAUGGAAGCUUUCAUUUUCACUGCUGCAAAUGAGGACUUCAACUUAUAUACUUUUGAUAUGCGAUUUCUUGACAAGCCUGUAGUGGUUCAUAUGGAUCAUGUGUCUGCAGUCCUUGAUGUGGAUUACUCUCCUACUGGGAAAGAAUUUGUGUCUGCCAGCUUUGAUAAAUCUAUUCGCAUUUUUCCAGUAGACAAAGGUCAUAGCAGAGAAGUCUAUCAUACAAAGCGAAUGCAGCAUGUCAUUACUGUUAAAUGGACAUCUGACAACAAAUAUAUCUUGUGUGGCUCUGACGAAAUGAACAUUCGUUUGUGGAAAGCUAAUGCUUCUGAAAAACUUGGUGUGCUUCUUCCUCGGGAAAAAGCAGCUAUGAACUACAAUGAGAAAUUGAAAGAGAAAUUCCAGCACCACCCCCAAAUCAAACGUAUAAGUCGCCAUCGACACUUGCCAAAGAUGAUCUACAGCCAGGCCAGAGAGCAACGCAUCAUGAGAGAAGCUCGUCGGCGAAAGGAAAUGAAUCGACGGAAACAUAGCAAGCCUGGAUCUGUACCGCUUGUGUCAGAGAAGAAGAAACACAUUGUGGCUGUAGUGAAAUAAUAGUUUAUAUAAUGGCCUGUUUUAUUGGUUGAAUUCUUAAUGACAAUGUGCACAUCCUUUUGUUAUAGGAGAUAAUUCUGACACUUUUUCUUUUUAAGUGUCUCCAUUACUAUUGUAAUGUUUGGAUUUUGUGUUAAAAAGGCAUUUAAAAUUUUA